AUGCACGACUUCCACGUCCCCACCGAGAUGGGCCAGGCCACCGUUCGCAUCGGCCUCCCUCCUGCCUCCCUCCUCAAUUUUCCUCCCAACGAGCUCCCCGUGACAAUCCCCGCGCCUCACGCUGCUGCGCCGACCUGGAAGCAGCCCUUCAACAUUCCCAAUGACCUCUAUAACCAAGUUUUGGACGUCCGGGUACCAAUCACAAUCGCCACCGUUUACGCGCUGACCGUGGUUUUGGUCAAUCGCAUCAACAAGAGUCGCGGAUACAAGCCAUAUGCUUUCAGCAACACACGCCUAUUCAAGCUGUUCGUCAUCCUGCACAAUGUCUUCCUGGCCGUAUACUCUGCAUGGACCUUCGCAGGCAUGCUCCAGGCGUUCAAGAGCUCCUUCCCCGACAGCGAUGAUCCCCACGGCCUGGUUGGUGUUGUGGACUCGCUCUGCAAGAUCAAUGGUCCCCGCGGCUACGGCAAUGCCGCUACCUACAGCCCCAUCACCAACGAGUGGUCUAUUGCCAAUCCGGCUUUCCACCUGACCAACGGUAUGCCAGACUCGACUGAUAUUGGUCGCCUGUGGAACCAGGGCCUGGCUUACUUCGGCUGGCUCUUCUACCUGUCCAAGUUCUACGAAGUUGUUGAUACCGUGAUUAUUCUGGCCAAGGGCAAGAAGAGCUCCACUCUUCAGACCUAUCACCACGCCGGCGCAAUGAUGUGCAUGUGGGCCGGUAUCCGCUACAUGGCAGCUCCCAUCUGGAUCUUCUGUCUGGUCAACUCGGCUAUUCACGCGAUGAUGUACACUUACUACACCAUUACGGCCUUGCGCAUUCGUGUUCCCAACCCCAUCAAGCGUAGCUUGACCACUAUGCAGAUCACCCAGUUCGUUUUCGGAACUAAUAUGGCUGCUGCAUACCUCUUCGUCCACUACACUAUCCCCUACCCCUCUGGCAGCCCAGCUCUGAGCCAGCUGACCCAGGCAGCGGCCUCCGCUGCCGCUUCGCCCAUCGAGGCUGGCAUGGUCCCUUGGCUCAAGAAGCUGGCUUUCCGUGCUGCCGGCGCCGAAGGUCUCGCUGAGAACGUCGGUACCACUGGCACCGCACCCAUCCAGGAGUCUGGAUACUCUCACCAGAUGGUUACCUGCAUGGACACUACCGGCCAGGCAUUUGCUAUCUGGCUCAAUGUCUCCUAUCUCCUCCCCCUGACCUACCUGUUCGCGCGCUUCUUCGUCCGCUCUUACCUGAACCGCAAGGACACGGCUGUGAAGCAGCCCACGCACAUGGAGGCGGCUGAAAAGGCCGGCAUGGACGCUCUGAAGAGCCUCAACCGCGAAAUCCGUCGGGCCGCCAUUGAGGGUGACAACAGUGAAGUCACCACCGAUGACGAGGUCAUCAAGGCCCAGGUCCAGAAGAUUGUGGAGAAGUCCGUCACCGCGGACUCACCGGUUCGAACUCGCUCGGCUGCUGCUACCAAGGCAAAGUCUUCCUCUGCUUCUUCUAGCCGUUCGGAGUCUGAAGAGGGGUUUGCUACUGUCCCUGCCAAGAAGGGAGCUAAGAAGCAGAAGUCUGAGAAGUCAUCUGCUCCCAGUGCCCCCGAGACCAAGGGUGAGAACCCCUUCGGAGUUCUUGGUAACAAUGCUUAA